UUAGACCAAUGUGUGAUAGCGAUUAAAUUGAUCGAUUGUGUAUUUAUAAUAACUUAUUGGAUGAUUUUGAAGACUCGAAUAGCUGUCCAAGACUUCUUAACGGUAUAUACGAGGUGAUCUGUUCUUUUCGAAGGCUUUGGUGAAAUAAUAAAGUGUCAGUUGUGAUAGGAUCAAGAUGGAAAUAGGGCGGGUUUUGAUUUUUGCAGUUUUAUUAUGUAUUUUCACGAUGCAAGUUUGUGUUGCCAAGAAGAAAGUGAAGAAGAGCAUGGUUCUGAGGGAAAAAGAAACAAAUCCUAUUAAUUUCAUAAGAUUGGCUGUGAUGAGACUGGUUUACGGGAUAGCGACAAGAAUAGGUUUUGGAGAGGAAAUAUCUGAAGCCCUAAAUGGUGCCUUUCUACCCCCUGGCGUGGACGACUACGACUAUGGGGAUGGUGGACUUGGAUUUUUCGAAAGAGAAGAUGAUUACGACUAUUGAAAUUAAAACAAUUAACAAAA